UUAACGUAUUGCAAGGUUUGAUUUUUGAAUUGUUUAGCAAAGCACAUGGUGAACUUUAAUGAAUAGAAGGCAUUUAUUUAAAGUCAUAAUUUAGCAGAAGUCUCUCAUCUUUUUCCAAAGGAAAUGAUGAAAACAGGUUUUUGUAGCUGCCUUACUUUUGUCUGUUACUAAAGUUCUCUAAGAUGUUCCUGAUUGCUUUCUCAGAGCAGUGUCAAAACAGCUGCUCAUCUAUCUUGGGAAACUGGGUUUUGCAAGAGCUGAAAAGACAAACCACUCCCUUUGGGAUGCCCAGGCACAUACCUCCCAUCUUGAAAAUCCAAACAGCCUCGACCAACUUGUGAAGCGUGAGACUGAUGCUGCUCAUUCAACGUUCAGAGCACUUGCCCUGGUUGUGGAAGGUCAUGAUCUGAGUGUCUUUCUAAGCCUCAGGGAGCACAGACUUAUACCUCUUUGUUUCUGGGAGAAGUGUGCACGUAUGUCUGUGCUGGAAUGUCAGCCUUCGUGUCUUUCAGAGGACAGGUGCUUAGGUUGAGGGGGGUUGAGAAUUGAGGGGUGUUCAGUUGUCACCACAGCAAAGGUUCUGGGUGCAUGUAGAAGGAUAACUCCAGGUACCAAGAAACAGUGUCUUAAAAACUUGCCCAUACUUUGAUGUGAUCUGGUAUUCACCCCUUUACUUUUGACUUAAAGGCGAGCUAAGGAGCCACCUUUUAAUUCUUCUUUACCUGGUACUGUAUCAAGUGCAAAUCAUUUAACAUCCCCAGGUCGGUUAUGUUGGCUGUUUAAUUGUGCUUGGCUUAAUUCCCACUUGAUACCAACACGAGAUGCAAUGCUGUCUGUAUCAAAACAGCACAAUAAAUCAUGCGUACCUCUGGGCUAAAAUGAGACCUGUCUUGUGGCUGAUGAUUGGCUUAAGUUGUGGUAGCAAACAAAAUAACUUGGAAGCCCUAAAAACUCAUGACAAACAUAUUGCAGGAUUGAAGAACUUUUUUUUUUUUUUUUUUGGCCGAAGUUCAUCUGAAACAGUCCCGUGGGUAGAGCAGUGGGAAGUGGGCUUUGUUAUGAGAAACUGCAUGCUGUACAUUACUGGCUAUUGGCAAUCCUCAGAAAAGCAGUAAUGAUGGUGAGCCAAUAUUAAGAGAGCUAACGCUGAACAUGGCACAAACUUCAGCAGGCAACUGUAGCCCCCUCUCUGUGCAGUCCAUAAGGAAAAGAUCACUUGGUCACAGCUUUUUAGCUGCACAGAGUAUUAUCAGUAGUGUCAUUUUUGAUGUACGAAGCAUAAUGCAUUAACUUGGCUAAGUUUUGAUUGUGAAUUCUUUUCAUCUUUGAAGACUGAAGAUCUGAAGACCUGUUAAAUACAGCAGAGCAGACGGUGCCUCCUCCUCUGGGAUGGAAGGUGCAAACCACACAGGCAUGACUCACUUGUGAGGACUCCUGACAGGUGGCAAUCCAGCAGUUUUGUGGGCGUUUGCAACUUGUUUUGGCAUUUUUCAGUGCAAUACCUUUAUCGUCAUCUGCAGGUUCCUCGCUGUUGAUCCAGUCAGACAAGAAAAAAAGCAGGCCGAUGCCAAAGGUUAUUUCCUCAUGGGGAUGAAUGAAUCAGAGCAAAGAAGCAACUCUGGGUAAGACCAUAAUAGCGAGACUGGGGCAAGAUGGCGGCAGAUGAGUGGUUGGAUGCUAACCCGUCAUAUCUGGAGGAUCUCUGGCUCUGUUAAUUUUGCUUACAGUUUAACCCAGACUUCUGAAAACGGAGAAAAGCAGUAAAUGCGAGGCAAUGGAUGUGAGGGUGGCCCACUGCCUGCUCCUUUGGGCUGUGCACUUCUUCCCGGCUGCACCACGCGUUGCUCCCAGGGUUCUCAGCAAGGAGUCAAAGACUGGUAAUCUGCAAGAUGGGUGUAGAAAUCUGAUUCCCUGUGAAGUUAGUGGAGCUAUCUGUAUUCAGCCUUGUUCUCCCUCCUUCCAUGGAGAGAUGAGUUUUGUCUGCAAAGAUAGAAAGUGGCAAAUGUUCAUAGAUGCCUGUGCAAAUCUGGAUGUUCAGUCACUUUUUCAGAGGAUUUCUGAACGUGAACCUCUUCCAAGUUCUGGAGGACAUGUUAGUGUUGCUGGAGGACACCUGCCCUUUGUAGGAGCAGGAAAGCCAGUGCACGGGAAGCCAGGAGAUGAAGCAAAACAUUUUGGUGCUGAUGACCAUGGGAAUAGCAACUGCCAAGCUGAUUUUUCAUGCAUCAUCCCAGAUAUCCUGUCUUCACCAGCAAUUCCAGGAAACAUUGCUGAUAUAGUGGAAUUGCUACAGAAUAUUUCCCUGAUGUUGUCAGAAAAUGUCAAUAGAGGAAAAAUGCAGAGUUACAGCAGGAUAGCAAACCAUAUUCUGAACAGCUCCAUCAUUUCCAACUGGGCUUUUGUCAGAGACAGAAAUGCCAGUUCAACAUUACUGGACUCAGUGAACUUAUUUGCUGGGAAACUUCUUCUAAGGAAUGGGUCGGAAAGUAUACAGGAACACUUCAUCUCUACUAAAGGCUACAGCAUAUAUAAAAAUACUUCAGGGAAGAACUUUGAUUUUUCUAUGGAGUUGAAUAAGACAAGCAAUAUAAGUGGGCACGUGGUCAUUCCAGAAGAAGAACUUUUGAAGUUACCUAAGACUUCCAAAGCAAUCAGCAUUGCAUUUCCCACACUUGGAGCCAUUAUAGAAACCAGCCGCUUGGACCCUGUUUUUGUGAACGGAAUGGUUUUAUCUGUGUCUCUUCCAGAAGAGCUUCAGCAUAUUUUGCUCACCUUUGAAAAGGUGAAUAAACUGGAGAAUGUCAAGGCUCAGUGCGUUGGAUGGCACUCUGCUGAGAGGAGAUGGGAUAGCAAGGCAUGUAAAAUGAAGUCAGACAACAUCAGCAGUGUUGUUUGUAUGUGCAAGCACCACCGCCGGACGUUCAAAUCCUUCUCCAUUUUGAUGUCCCCCACCAUGCUGCGAAAUGUGGUGUUGGAUUACAUUACAUGUGUGGGGUUAGGCCUUUCUAUUUUCAGCUUGGUUCUGUGCCUUACCAUUGAGACUGUUGUCUGGCAUCACGUUACAAAAACUGAGAUAACCUACAUGCGCCAUUUUUGUUUGGUGAACAUAGCUACGUCACUUCUUACUGCUGAUAUUUUAUUCAUUGUAGCAGCUAUUGUGCACAACACAGCCCUGAACUACCGGCUGUGUGUAGCAGCCACUUUUUUCCUUCACUUUUUCUAUCUUGCCUUGUUUUUUUGGAUGUUUACCCUGGGUCUCUUGAUUCUCUAUGGAUUGUUAUUAGUUUUUUUUACGAUAACAAGAUCUGCGUUCAUAGCUACAGCAUUCUCUAUUGGAUAUGGAUGUCCAUUGCUCAUAUCUAUCCUCACUGUUGCUAUUACUGAACCUAAAAAUGGAUAUUUAAGGAGUGGAGCCUGCUGGCUCAACUGGUAUGAGACGAAAGCCCUUUUGGCCUUUGUCGUACCUGCUCUGGGCAUCAUUGUUGUCAAUUUGGCAGUGGUGGUGGUGGUUGUGGUGAAGAUGGGAAGACCCUCUAUUGGAGAUGGCUGCAAGUCACAAGAUUUGAGCAACAUGAUCCGAAUUAGCAAAAACGUUGCCCUUUUGACACCUCUUCUGGGCCUCACCUGGGGGUUUGGAUUAGCAAUAAUCAUUGAUAGUCACUCUCUGGCAUUCCAUGUUACGUUCGCACUACUGAACGCCUUCCAGGGAUUCUUCAUCCUGUUGUUUGGGACACUUCUGGACAGAAAGACCAGAGAAGCCUUAAAGAAAAACUGCCUUUCAUCAAAGCGGAAGUGUAGUCUAGCAAAGUCCUAGCAGUGGACGGUUGUCUUCAGUGGAUCUGACCGGUGAGAGGACAAGGAGCAACUCUUGCAGGGAAAUUCUGGUUUGAGAUGAGCCUUAGUGGUGACCAGUUCAGAGUGUGGACAGCACUUUCUUGGAGCAUGACCACAGGAAGCAUCGUGAAAACCAGAAGAGAAAAGGUCCUGAACCUGCUGUCAGGAGCAAGAAACCAUCAGCGUUGCUGCAACCCUCAGAGAAAGCACAGUGACAUGUAAAAGUUGUUUCUCACCUUUGUGAAAACUGCUGUGAGGAGAGUUUGUCCUCAUUUGCCAUUUCAGUGCUUCAAGUUCUUCCUGUUUUGUUUUUUUUCCACAUCAGUGCAAUAAGGAGCUGUACAGCAUGUGAGGCUGUUCGAACAUUUGUACAUCACAUUAAAAAUGAAAUAACUUUGAGUGUUAUAUAGCUAUUUUUGUUUGUCCUUGACCACAAGUAAUUCUGUUAGGUGGGCACUGUAUUCAUCCGAUGUCUGUACUUUCAGGCUGAGGGAUAGCAUAACUCUGUUUCUGUGUUACAGCUCUGUUCUCCAUCUCAGUACCUCUAUGUCAGAGGAAAUGUAGAAAACAUUUUUUUUUAGUCUUUCAGGACAGAAUUUGCAUUCCUUUUCUAGUCCUGCAACAAACGGACAGAUGAAGAAGGAAAAGCCCUCUGCAAAUAUCUAGCUUCCCUCUUUAGAUGUGGGAAAGCAAGCUUUGAAUAUGAUUCGGAGUUGAAUCAGGUAGAUGGAGAUCUCCCAUAUCACAUGUGGUGUACUAACCAAGGAAACAGUUUAUCCAUAGAUGAUUGUAUAUCUGGUUUUAUUAGAAAGAAAUAAAAGUCCUUGGAAAGAAACCUUUAAUAAUGAAGACUUUGACAGAAAUGUUGUUGUCUCUUGUCAGGACAAGUUGAUGCUUC